AUGCGGUCCUUGUUGAAUAAGAUUGGAGAUGCCCAAGGAUCCACUCUUCCGCUCGCAGAUUGCUUUUUCACAAUUUCAUUUGAUAUCAUCAGUGCCAUCUUGUUUGGUACAACUUACAAGCUCAGCGACCGUGAACACGGAGAGUUGGAGCAGACCCUUGUGAGAAUUCUACAAGGAUUUCGUAUGGGCAACUUUGUAGACUCCAAACCGGUGUGGCUCAGCACAAUCAUGUCGUACGUGCCGUACACCAGAAUGGCUGGAAUGCGGAGCUCCAUUUUCGUACUUCGUGAAUUCGUCCGUGAACGGGUGAAAGAGAACCAGGAUACCUUGGAAGAGGGCACGACUCGCAACUUUAUUGACGGUUACCUGAAGCAAAUUAAAGAGCACAAAAACGACUCCAAUACACACUUUCGAGAGUGCCAUCUGCUAGGCUCUGCCUUGGAUUUCUUUCUGAAUGGCGUGGCUACACCGCCUUAUGCGGCCCAUUUGAUGCUGCUCAUCUGUGCCCAGAACCCUGACACGGUGCAGUCGAGGAUCCAUGCGGAAAUCGACCACACCGUUGGUCGCAACAGACAGCCCGCUUGGAAGGACCGUUUGGAGAUGCCCUUCACCACGGCCAGCAUGUGGGAGAUACUGCGAUGGAGAACAGAGAGUUCGCUCGGGAUACCCAGAGGAGUAAAAGAAGACAUAAUCCUUGGCGGGUUCAUUAUUCCUAAAGGCACCGUGGUCUUACCAAACACCAACGGAAUGAAACGCAAUCCCGAUCUCUGGAAACGACCCAAUCACUUUGAUCCUACCAGAUUUCUAACACCAGAUGGCACUGAACUUGUUAAAAAGCCAGAACACCACCUUCCUUUUUCAUUCGGUAAAAGAAUGUGUCCUGCGGAGUCGUUGGCUAACGUGCAGAUAUUUCUGUACACGACCUGCCUGCUGCAGAAGUACACCGUCCAUCCCGAAGAAGGCCGACAGCUGCCCUGCCUGGAUCCCCUCGUUACAAGGGGACAUUACGCUGAUAAUCAGAAGUUGCGAUUUGUCCCUCGAGAGUGA